AUGCCUUCUCAUCUUGCCAGCAGCGACGCUCCAAGCUGGAGACGUCCAAAUCAGCCCAAUCCUCCUUCGCAGCCAGUGCUGUCCCACGUCCAAAGAGACAAUCACACACAACGAAAGGACAAGGAGAAAGCCCAGGACAACUGGAGAGCUCAUGCUCAUCCUGUCGCUGGCCCUUCGAGACAGCAUCACCACUCGUCAACGCAUUCCCAGCCUCUCUCCAUCUCUAAUCCCCACAACAAGACCACUCGCGGAUCUGCAUUGUCAGAGCAUCCCUCCGAAGCAAGAUCGUCGCUACUCUCAUCCAGCUUCAAGCGCGAGAAUGCGUCUGUAUUUGAUGCCGACUGGGUACCAGGCCAUCAUCCUCAUCCGGACCCUCACGCUCCUCACGCGAUCAAGCCAAGUGGUAUGGGCAACGGCAUCAUCGGCAGAGCACCUGAAUUCGGCACUUCGCCCACCAAACCCAAAUUCUCUGCUAUUCCUGCUCCUCGUCACCAUUGGCCGCUCUCUUCUUCCCUCGAGAAACCCGAAAACAUCGCCCCAGCCACCCAGUUGCAUCCUCUACGCAUCGAAUCGACCGAACGCUCUCGCUUCUUUCCUACUGCAUCGACGCCGUUCAAGCCCAAUCUGAACGGCCACCCCACUCUGCAAAGCAAGGACCGUGAUGACAAUUGGAUGCUAACUCCCACCAGCUCGCUGCCUAGCAUUCCCAGCACUCCCAAUCACGCACGCGAAACUAGCAGUGAGCGGCUGCUCGCCUCGACUCAAAGACACGAGGCGUUGCUCAACACUCACGCACGCCCCACUCCGUCCAUCCGAGGUCCCGUUGAAUACCUCCAAGCAUCGCUACAGUCGGCGCCUCGAACUCCUAGCCCUGGCCAUGUCAUGGCACGUCAAGACGCUCCUCACACGGGCACCUCCUUAUUCAACCGCGGCCUCAACGUCAAUGUGCAGUCCUCGCCCAAGCGCUCUCCGCUCGUCACUUCGACAUAUGCCCAGCGUCAGCAGGCUGCAAACGGUACGACCAACCCUGUUCUUCUCAGCCCGACCUCAUCGCCAAAGCUUACACAUCGAACCCUCUCGCCAACGAAUCGACAUCCUGCAGCCAUCCCGGAAUCGCAUCUGCACAGCAAUGGAGACAGACUGGUCAACAGCAUCGCUUCCAUGCUACAUGGAGUGUCGCCUCAUCCACGCCCAGCCUCGGCUUCUCGUCGAGAUUCUUUCAACUCGGUCACAUCGGCAGGCGCCGGCCACACUAUGUCGCACUCUCGCAGGAACUCUGCCGUCUUCUCUCCCAACUCACCCAGCGUCUCGACUCGCAUCGGAGUCUAUCGUCCACCGCAUCUGCGGAAUCGCGACAGCGUAUCCGGACUCAAGCCCAGCGUGGCUCACUACGAUCGUGUUCGCACGCCGAGCCUACGAGGCCUUUCACGUUCCAGAGAAUCAUCCAUCUCGCUCAGCAGGCCCACAAGUCGGCCGCCAUCUACUGUCCCCUUCUACCACGCCGAAAGCAUCCCCGAGGAUAGUCAGGCCGAUGAUGUUGCUCGCAUUCCGCUCCGCGGUCGACAAAGCAAUAUGUCGAUUCACCUGCCCGACUUGAUUGCUGAGGAGCAGCAACGCAAUGCGGCCGCAUCGGCUACAGCGCCAGUUUCUGAAGAUGCCGGCACCUUCGCACCCAACACCACGCAUCUCCUCGAACAGCCUCUCGACAGCGCCUCGCUGCUCGCCAAGCUGAGGGCGCAGCUGGUUCGACGCGAAGCUGCCGCUUCCGAUGUGGCUAUUUCCGAUGGUGAUCGCAACUCGGUCGUUGCUGACGACCAUGAGCAGGACUUUUUCGACCUCUCCGAGAUGAUGGAGUAUGGUGCAUCCGAGGGACAUCCCCUGAGCCGCUUCGGCAGUACCUAUGCUAUCGAGAGCCGGCCCCUCGGUGAGGUGUUCGAGAUCGGUGACCUCCUCGGACCAGGACUUGAACACGAUGGUCACAUUAUCCAGAUUGCCGAAACCACUCUUGGAUUUGUGGAUCAGAACGAGGACCUCACCGGCAGCAAACUGGAGGUGAUUCGCAAGCUUGGUGAAGGGAGCUACGCUGUGGUCUACCUCGUCAAGGAGAGGAUCUACUGA